AUGACAGCUUUCGGUCACGUGACACAUUGGGACUCUAAAUUACCUGUAUUAACAGCCGCCAAACGAUAUAGUAUUCCCCAAACUACACUCAGAGACAGGGUAGAUGGCAGAAUUCAUAUUGACUGUACUGUUAUGGGCAGAACACCAAUACUAACAUUAGAUGAAGAGGCAAAACUGGUACAGCAUUUGCAGGAUGUUGCGAAAUAUGGCUAUGGUUAUACCAGACAAGAAGUAGUAGACAUUGCUUCAGACUAUGCAGCUAUUCUUCAAAAGAGGCCUCAAAACAAACCGCUUACAUUAAACUGGUUUAAUGGUUUUAUAAAAAGGUGGCAAGAAAUGUGUGUAGUAAAGCCAAGGGCUUUGGAAUUUCAGAGAGCCAAAACCGCGUCUGUGUUUAAAAUUGAGGCCUAUUUUGAUCAACUAGAAAAAGUCCUCACAAAAUACAAUCUGAAUGAUAAACCCCAUUUGAUUUUUAAUGUAGAUGAGAAAGGCAUUUCCCAAAACCAUACCCCUCCUUACAUUGUUGGGGGAAGGGACUAUUACCCACAGUGUGUCACCACUGGUAAAUCCAAGAUGACAACAAUCAUAGGAUGUGGUAGUGCCAGUGGCAUGGCCAUUCCACCAUACUUUGUAUUUGCGGGUGUACGACUCAUACCUGAUCUGAUGAAGAAUGCUAGCUCAUGUGUUUCUGGAGACAUGUCACAAACCAGCUGGUCAAACGCACAGAUAUUUAGAAAAUAUCUACAGCAACAUUUUAUUAAAUAUAUUCCUUGCAGAGAGCCUGGGCAACAUCCGCUAUUACUACUCAAAGGACAUACAAGUUAUGUGUCCAUUGAUCUUGUUAAAUGGGCAAAAGAAAAUGAUAUCAUCAUGUUCAUUCUUCCUGCACACACAUCUCACAUACUGCAACCAAUGGACGUGGCAUGUUAUGGUCCACUGCAAAAAAUCUACAAUAACGAAUGCCAUAAACUGAUGAGAGAAACACCAGCAAUGGUAACUCGAUAUGAUAUCUGUAGCUUGGCUUGUAAAUCAUAUUCAAAUGCACUGUCUGCAGAAAAUCUUCAGUCGGCAUUCCGGAAGACGGAAGUAUACCCACUUGGUGAGUGA